GCUUGAGAGAAGUUCAGAUCUGAUCAGAAGUAAAAAUUUACUAGGAUCAAACGACUGCUCAACACCAGAGAUGCGUCGAGAAUGGGAGGGUGAGUUUGCGAAGCGUACAAAAGAGGUGUUUCUGAAUUCCAGUGAAAUGUCCAUGGAAAUAAAAAAUAUGAUGAAACUGCAACAGACUGAAGACAGUCAAACGAAGGUUACAAUGUACGCCCGCAUCUUGGAACUCGACAAAUAUCCUGAGCAUCGCGAAGAGCAGAAUCAGCAGUUAAAGAGAUUAUUUCGAGUGACGAAACAACCAUCUUUUGAAGAUUUCCGCUCGGCAUUUUUGCAUUCUCCAAAAGACGUUCAAUCAAAGCACAGUUUCUUGGCCUUGUUCUUCGCAAAGUUUAAUCAACUAACGAUGGUAGGAAAUCUUCAUCAUCUGUUGAAAUGGUCUCGUCUCGUAUCAUCGGCAUUAACCCACCGCAUCAGUAGAAAAGAUGCAGAAUCUAAAUCAAUUAAUGACUUCAUAACCGGCCACCUUUUAGAGAUAAACCGCAGUCCACAAGAAAAAAGCAGCUUGAAAAUGUUGUUUGAAAAGUUUCAAAAAGCGUGGAAUGAAGUUUUUUCGUUAAAUGAGCAAGGAGUUAAAGAAGUGGAGAUGCCAGGACUAAUGGAGACGGAUUAUAUAGCUUAUUGUUUAACGGAAGGUGAAUAUAGCAUUCACCUUGAAAAAGCUAUCAAAAUGCUAGUUUCACUCCAAAAUUCUAUCUUAGACGCAACAAUUUCUCUAUCAUCACGUGGGCAUCCGGCUCUGGGUUUCCUUGAAAAGAAAAAUUGCAGCGGUGUCGCGAUCGCUUCGAUUCAAGAAGUCAAAGAGGAUGAAAUAAUCAGUUUUCAAUGGUCUGAUGAUUUGUUGAAAUACACACCAAGGAAUCUCGAGUAUGGUAAAGGCCACGAAAUCGCGUAUGAUUUUGAACGAAUAGAAAUAUUGCUUGCAAAAAAAAUAGCGUUCGGAAAGUGCUAUUUGGCAGGUACACUGAACAAGUUCAUAUUUGCAAAGGAAUUGUUCCACAUCUGUGGCCCUUUAUUGACGGAGUUUCGAUCAUUAAUAAAACAAAGUGAAACAUUGCCAGAGGAUGUGGGUAAAGAAUUAGUGAAGCUGAAAGAGCAGAGGAUCAAAGACGCCCAAGAUCUUCUUCAAAAUAUCGAAGUGCUCAUCUUCUUGCUAAAACGAAAAUUUAAGGACAUAAACGUGGAUAUGACAUUGAAACAUUUCACUGAAAACUGUCCCCCUGAAAUCUCUUUUCCAGUAAAACUAUUCCCCCAAACUGGAAGUUUGAUCAAGAUUGAACACGUUGCUGCACUUUACGAAGCUCUGGAAGACGUUCUUGCUGAUGGUGCUAUUGAAGGACUUGAUAGAAAAUUUCGGAAAAAAUUGACAGACGACAUGAAAAAGACCGUUAACGCUAUGACAAACAGAACGACUGGCGGUGCUCAAUUGAUACCACGCAAAUUCUUGAAAGUGCUUCGUCGUUUCGUUUUCCGUUAUCUCUCAUCUGAAAAGUACUGGCCUGAAGAGAGUACACCAUUGCAGUGUCAUUUGCAGGAACCUUCGCUGUGGUCCUCACUUGUACCACCAAAUAUGGAUGAUAUCCCGAAAGAAAUUACUCUAGAAUACAUCUACUCGAUAGUGAAGUAUCUUGAAGAAGAAGGGAAGAAAAAGGAACGCAAAACCAUAAUUAGUACAUCAAGGCAAGUAACCAACAUUGGCCAACGACGUCAGCUUAGGAAAGCGACGUUUAUAAAAUGAUCUGAAAGUAUACAGCCUCAUUUAUAGACAAACAAUAAAAUGCUUUUGUUAUUCUUAAUGUAGCGUUGCCAGGAAUAUUUAAAAUUUAACCACAGGUAUUAAAGGUAAAUGAUCGAUGUAAAUACAAUGUGCGCAAAAUAUUGAGCCAAUCUCGAAAACUACAGUCUCGGUUUUUUCAAAGGAAAAAUAGCCAGCCAACAAUGAGUGUAGGAAAAAGCAAACAGUUUUGGUAACCAACAAGUGAAAUCUGAGAACUAGGGAUCCAAUGAUUAAAUCAUGUUACACGCUCGAAA